UAAUUUUGUUUAUUGUUGGCGUUGUGAAAUUUAUUUUUUAUCGUAAAAUAUAAUUUAAAAAAAGGUUAAAUAUUGUGCUCUUUAAUUAUUUAAAAAUGUCGCACAAAAAGCAUAGCCAUGAUAAAGACAGCCAUCAUGAAAAAAAACAUGAUAAAAAGCUGUUGAAAUCUUUGGAGACACCUGAAGAAAAACGCUUGAGACGUUUCAUGAAAAAGGAGCAAAAACAGAGGAAGUUAAAAGAAGAAAUGGGUUGGGAUGAUGAAUAUAUGGGCUAUACUAAUACAGAUAAUCCUUUUGGUGACACAAAUUUAUUAAAUGGUUUUGUAUGGAAAAAGAAACUUGAGAAAGAAGGCCUGCAUAAACUUUCUAAAGAAGAGAUGGAGAGGCGAAACAGAUUGAAAUUGGAACAAAACAAGAAUGAACUGGAAAAAGUGAAAUUAAGAAGGAUGCAGCGUGAAAGGGAACGUGAAAUGAGAGAAGAAGAAUUGACUAGGAUCCAACGUCAGAAAGAGGCUGCACAGUUCAGUGAGUGGGAAAAGCAGGAAGAUAGUUUCCAUUUGCAGCAAGCAAAAUUAAGAUCCAAAAUUCGAAUAGAAGAAGGCAGAGCUAAACCAAUUGAUUUAUUGGCAAGAUAUAUUAGUUCAGAAGAAGAGGAUUUCAAUAUUGAAAUGCAUGAGCCAUAUAAAUACUUAAAUGGUCUGAAACGAGAAGAUUUAGAAGAUCUGCAAGAAGAUAUAAAAGUUUAUAAAAGCAUUGAAAAUGGUAAAAAUUAUGAUUAUUGGAAAGACUUGGAAAUCAUAGUUGAUGAUGAAAUUCGCAAGCUGUCUGAUAACUCUGAUAGCCAUAGAGAAAGCAUCAAUACAGCAGUUAGUACUGAAAUAGUUAGUAUAUUCAAAGGCAAAACACCUAAGCAGUUAGAGGCCAUGUACCGUCAAAUAAAAAAGAAAACAACAGAGGAAGGUGUUGAUACAGGUUAUUGGGAGACUUUAUUGUCAAGGUUAAAUGCAUAUAUGGCUAGAGCCAGACUGGCAGAACGCCAUGAAGAAAACCUUAGAAAUAAAUUAUUUAAACUGAAAGAAGAACAAGGAGUACAGCAGGCAGCUCCUCUGUUUCCUUGUGUGUCAGGCAACAAAUUAUCUUCUGACACUCCUUCUACAUCAUCAGACAAUCAGUUGUCUUCAGACAUUCCCUCUACAUCAUCAGGCAGUAAAUCAUCUGAAACUCCUUCUACUUCAUCAGAAUUUUUGCUUAAUAGUAAUUCAAAUGAAAUUACUAUUAAACAAGAGCCUAUCGAUGAAACAGUACCAGAUGUUAAUGAGCCUGGACCGUCAAGCAAAAAUUCUGAAAAUAAUCAAAAUGCUACUGAAGUAACAGCAUCUGAAAAGCCGGCAGAGACUGUAAAACAUACUGUAGAAGUUUAUGAUUCUGGAAGAUAUAGUCCUGUUUUGAUAAAGUAUAGCAAGAUUGAACCUGGAAUAAUCCUCACAGAUCCUCUUGAAGAUAGUGCAAAGUUAGAGUACAUGCAACAGAGCUUGACAAAAAGACAAACUGCUGAUUUUUCAACACCUGAGGAAAAAGCUUUUGAACAAAUAGCUCGAAAAGGAAUGGAUUCAGAUGAAGCUGUAUUCAGCGUUGAACAUGCUUUAGAGAAGAGUUAUAUCUGGGCAGAUAAAUAUCGACCAAGAAAGCCAAGAUAUUUCAAUCGUGUUCAUACGGGCUUCGAAUGGAACAAAUAUAAUCAGACUCAUUAUGAUAUAGAAAAUCCUCCACCAAAGAUUGUGCAAGGAUAUAAAUUUAAUAUUUUUUAUCCAGAUCUCAUUGACAAAACCAAAACACCCGAGUACAGUUUAAGUCCUUGUGAAGAUAAUAAGGACUUUGCAAUACUGAAAUUCAAAGCUGGUCCACCAUAUGAAACUAUUGCAUUUAAAAUUGUGAAUAGAGAAUGGGAAUAUUCAUACAAACGAGGAUUUCGAUGCCAGUUCCACAACAAUAUAUUUCAGUUAUAUUUUCAUUUUAAACGUUAUCGUUAUAGAAGAUAAAUAAUCCUUGUAUGUUAAAAUUGUACCAUUUCUUUGGUAUUUGUAUAUAUUGUAGAGUAUUCUUUUUAUUUUUUACAUGGAUUAUAAAAAUGUCAAAUAAAUGCUGGCUUAUAUUUGUA